AUGGAUAGUAUAAUAUCACCGGAAGGGUGUGGUGUGGGCCGCGAGUCAGUGCUGAUGAACGGCCAGUGUUUCCGCUGGUAUGCAAACUAUACACAACAACAGGACAUACAGUUUGGACGAUCGGCCAAACCGGGAGAAGUGCCGUUUGUGGCAUACAUUUACAAAAUAAAAAAACGGUGGAUAAAAGAUAAUGGUUACAGGAAUGGCCACUACAUUGAUAAGUCAUUUAUUACUGUAUAUCCCGGCACACAAUCACUCAAAUACUUACCACUCGGUUAUAAAGUGGAUCAGUUGUACGCAUAUCCAGACUAUAUUAGUGGUAAAGAACUUAAAUCUGAUAUCGGAUUAAUUAAAUUGAAACAAUGGAUACCACUUCCGACUAAACCAAAUACAAUCAUAUUUAUGAAUGCCAUUUGUUUGCCCACUAAUAAUAGUAUUAAAAGUAGUAAUAGUAUAUACAAACCGUCUGAAAAUCUUAAUCAGUUGGCACUGGUAGCUGGUUUCGGUGAUUAUGACAAUGACGGGCAUACUGUUGAUCUGUUACAUAUGGGUUGGGGUGAUUCUGGUGGUCCACUGUAUCAGUAUAUUAACGGUAGGGCAGUGCUCAUCGGUAUCACACAAAGCAGUGGAAGAUCUGCUGAUAAAAAAUGUUUGGAUCCAAAAGAUAACUAUAAUAUUAUAUUUUUUGUACGCAUUUUACCGCAUUUGGAUUGGAUUACAAACAUUGUAUCUAAUAAUUAG